AAAAGUAAAUAACAACUAGUCGAGUGCAAACACAUACUCGCCCGAAAGCAGAAAACUCUUAUGAACUGCUCGUCGAGUGCUAACAUAGCAAGCAGCUCGUUAAUUACAACUACAGAGCCGUAUAUAUGUAUAACGAAUUUCAACGAGUUCGCUGCACCAAAUAUUAAGGUGGUUCGAGUAGGAAAUUUUAUUACUGACUGCGGCGUUGGAAGCAACAGCAAACAACAAAUAAUUUGAGGUGGCGGUUCGUAUAUUUGACUGCAGCGUUGGAAACCAAGGCAAACAAUAUUUAAGAAAAAUAAGAUAAGUUAUAGUAGUUUGAACUUUUUAUAAUAUCUCUGCUUUUAUAUAUGUAGCUACUGUAUGUGUUAAAUAUUUCCGCCACAUCUCCCACCUAUACAACGCAAUAUACGAUUCGAAUUUAGUAUUUAAAAGUUGACACUUCUAAAUUUGCCAAAACUUGUAGUUGCUUUGCGACAAGAUGAACAAGGAAGAGAUUUUAGCUUUGAACGUUAGGGAACUGAAAGCGAAAUUGGCCGAGUUAGGGCUGAACACAUCGGGACGCAAAGCAGCAUUGCAAGAUAAGUUGUUUGAGGCUUACAAUAUAGAAAUACCCGACGAUGAAGACGAUGACGUAUCGGUACAGGAGGAUUUGGCCUCACGAAAUACGAGUGUAGUAGAACCGGCCUUAGUGCGCUCCAAUUUCACGCUUCGUGACAUCGAAGACUCGCUGAACAAAUUUUCGGGUUCAGGUUAUCCGUCGGUAAAACAAUGGGUGGAGCAUUUUGAAGAAAAUGCAAUGGCAGUACGUUGGGAUAGCCUGCAGAUGUUCAUAUACGCUAAACAGCUUUUAAAAGGUGCAGCUAGGAUCUUCGUGCGCAGUCAAGAGGGCAUAGAUUCGUGGAACGCGUUACGUAGAGCACUCCUGAAAGAAUUCGGUACCACUUUGUCGGCAGUUGAGGUGCAUCGCAGGCCGCGAAAUCGUCGCAGGCGCGCUGGUGAGGAUUAUAAGGAGUAUUUGUACAGCCUUAUGGAGCUAGGGAAACAAAUUAACCUCGAUGAAGUUAGUAUCAUCGAAUACUUUAUAGAAGGCAUCCCAGACUCGAGGUCAAAUAAGGCCAAUUUGUACUUAGCGAAAAAUGUAAAGGAGCUCAAAGACCAAAUACGGGUGUACGAGAAAAUUAGUUCCACUAAGAAUAAUUCCUCGACCCCAUCGCAGGGCGGUAGUCAGGUUACGCAAGUAGAUGGAAAACGAUCCCAGCAGGCGAUCGCGCCAAGAUCAGGUAGUCGCUGCUUUAAAUGCGGUGACAUGACGCAUUUCGCAAAGAGCUGCCCUAACCGCGAUUUUUUAUGUUUCAAGUGUGGUCGCGCAGGACAUCGGGCCUCCGACUGUAAGGGAACAAAGGGCGAACCAAGUAGCGCCAAUAUGAUUAGUAGUUGUUCUAAUAUAGGGCAUGACCUGGCCAAAAGCGGGCUACUCUUUAAGGAUGUAUGCGUUAAUGGGCGUUAUUUUUCUGCAAUGAUAGACACGGGGAGCGAUCUGUGCCUCCUGCGUCACGAUACAUUGUUUUUGUUGUGCGAUAUUGAGUUGUCAAAUGAUAAACGGUUGUUGAGGGGUAUUCGCGACUCCCAGAUGGAAACAGAAGGUAGUUUUACAUACGAUUUUCCAUGUGGUCUCGGAGCGAGACAUGCGUUACGCUGCAAUAAUCGGCAACGAUAUUUUGCAGCAUGUAGAGUUGGUAGUAUCACGCGACAAUAUCGAAUUUAGGGCUAAACCGAUCGCGGACAAAGUUCAGCUAAACCAGAAAAAGAGGGUUGAGGAGGAAAGGAAAACCAGGGUUAGGGCGAAGCAAAUCCGGUCCGAGGAGAACAUAAAAAAAGCUGUA